AUGACCUUCAUAGAAUCCACCCUUUCCGCUGUCGUGUCGAAACUCGGUAUGAGCAGCGCCGAAGAAUCACCAUAUUAUCAUCCUCUUGACCCACUCACGGCUUCGGAGAUAGCUCGUUCAGUCGAAGCGAUCCGACAUACGGCCAAUGGAGCUAGAUUGUGGUUCAAAUCCAUUCAACUCGUCGAACCUCCUAAGGCGAUUCUCGUACCUUGGCUGGACGACCAUGCAGCAGGUAAAGCAGUCUCCAGAUUAGACAGGAUAGCCGAAAUUUUAGUAGGUCGAAGGCACUUGGAAGGCGCCGAUUGGCUUGUCUAUCAAAUCUCUUUACCAGAGAAUGGUAGUUCUCAAAUCAUCUCCGCUGAGCCGGUGCCCGCUGGACAGCAUGUGCCGCCAGAUAUGGGGGAAAUGAUGGUUGCUGAGGAAGCAUUGCUCAACAACCCGACUUUCAAAGCUGCCAUAGCUAAACUUGACCUACCUUCGAAUGCUAAAGUAGUUGCAGAUGGAUGGAUCUAUGGCGCGGACACGCUCGACGCAACGCCUCGAUCCAUCCCUUUCAUGGUCUACCUUUCGUUUUCUGAUAAUCCCGAUACAUGUCAUUAUGCCGCUCCUCUUCCGAUCGUACCAGUGAUAAGCGCAGAUACAUUUGCGUUGCAACGACUAGAAUACUGUCCGAUAUAUGGGAAGGGGGAUAAAACAUUGUUAGAUCUGGAAGGGAGGUUCCCAUGGGAAGCUUAUGUCCCCAAUGAAUACAACGCCGAUAUCAGAGCAGCAGCUGGCCUCUCGUCAAGAGAUGAUAUCAAACCUUAUAGAGUCUUGCAGCCCGAGGGAGCGAGCUUCACGCUAGAAGGGCGAGUCAUCCGAUGGCAAAAAUGGGCCUUCCAUAUCGGUUUCAACUACAGGGAGGGUAUCGUUCUCAGCGACAUCAGAUACGAUGGUAGAAGUACAUUCUAUCGGUUGAGUGUGAGCGAUAUGACUGUACCUUAUGGUGAUCCACGAGCUCCCUUCCAUCGUAAACAAGCUUUCGACCUGGGUGAUAUAGGUGCCGGUCUCACAGCCAACGAAUUGGCACUGGGAUGUGAUUGCCUCGGGGAGAUCGCCUAUCUCAACUUCGAUCACUUUAGCCAAGACGGAAGUCCUACGUUGCAACGAGGAGUUGUAUGUAUUCACGAACAAGAUGACGGAAUAGGAUGGAAACACACCAACUUCCGUACAAACAGACCCUCUGUCACUCGUUCCCGUAUCCUCAUCAUCCAGACCAUUAUCACCGUGGCAAAUUACGAAUACAUCUUCGCCUGGAGGUUUGAUCAGGCCGCUGGUAUCAGUCUUGAAGUACGAGCAACCGGUAUCCUGAGUACUGUCGCGAUUCUUCCUGGAGAAACAUCGCCAUAUGGCAAUGUCGUAUCACCUGGCGUGCUCGCCACCAACCACCAACAUCUGUUCUCCGUUCGUAUCGACCCAGCCAUCGAUGGACAUAACAAUACCGUCGUCCAAGAGGACUCGGUUGCCAUGCCGUUCGAUAAAGCCAAUCCACCUUCGGACAACAAAUGGGGUGUGGGAUACACCGUUGAGAAGAAAGCCAUCACUAAAAGUGGCUGGGCAGAUGCUGCUCCUGAGAAGAAUAGAGUGUUUAAAAUCACCAACCCUAACAAAGUUAACCCUGUAUCUGGUAAAAACGUCGCUUACAAGCUCGUCCCGGCACCUUCUCAACUCAUGUUGGCUCAUCCCGACUCUAUAGCUUAUGCCCGGGCGGAAUUCGGGGAACACCAUAUAUACGUCACAUCUUAUAAAGACAGGGAGUUAUACGCCGGCGGUCUGUACACCAAUCAGUCAAACGGCAAUGCCAACGGUUUACGAUCCUGGAUAGCCAGGGACGACAACGUGGACAACGCAGAUCUGGUCGUAUGGCAUACGUUUGGUUUGACUCAUAACCCUAGGGUAGAGGACUUCCCCGUGAUGCCAUGCGAGACUCACAUGAUCCACCUAAAGCCCAACGACUUUUUCAUCGCUUCGCCGGCGAUUGAUGUACCGGCCAGUACGCAAGUGUUCAAUCGAUCGCGACUGCACAAUCCGGGACAGCAUCUACAAGGUGACAACGAAAUCGAGAACAAGGCGAAGGCAAACGGUCUCAAUAAACAGGGGUGCUGCGCUUAG